AAACAAGAUUAUCUGUCAAGAUUUUCCUUUUCGAUGACAAUGAGUCAAGUUUAUUGAAAGAAACAACAUAAAAAAACAUCGAUUUCCCCAAAAAUGAGAAUUUAAAAAUUAGUGGAUUAGAUUAAGCUAUUUACAGAGAUGGCAGGUGUUGAACAAGUUUUGAAGCAGGCAUUGAGCAAGUACAAGUAUGCGGACAUUGCAAAGAGAGAUGUAACCAACGCCAUAAAUCAGUUUAAAGAUCUCCGCCCAACACAUGACUGUUUUACUUUCAAUGAUGGCACAAGAAAAGAUCUGCUCAAUUUGGAUGGAACAAUACCUGUCCAAUAUAAAGGUAGUGUAUACAACAUUCCGAUCGGGAUUUGGAUUCUUGACACUCAUCCGUACAAUCCACCCAUGGUGUUUGUGAAACCCACCAACACAAUGCAGAUAAAACCUGGAAGAAAUGUGGACUCUAACGGGAAAGUGGAUCUACCAUAUCUACGUGACUGGAGAUAUCCCCAGUCAGACCUGUUGGGACUGAUCCAGAUUCUUGUUAUUGUGUUUGGAGAAGAACCCCCUGUAUUUUCCCGAGCUGCUCCUGCAGCACAGUCCAGACCCCCCUACCCUGGGGCGGGUCCACCUUAUCAAGCUCAGACACCCUACCCAAUGCAAGGGAGUGGCUUCCCCAUGCCCAUGCCUAACAGUGUGAGCCAGUCCUCGGGGUACCCCCAGUAUCCAGCAUCAAGUACACAGUACCCUGCCUCUGGGUUCUCUGGCUACCCAGGGGCCGGGUCCACAGGGUAUCCUGGUUACCCCGCCUCCUCUGGAUAUCCGACCUCUUCUGGUUACCCCACACAGUACCCCAGCAGUACCAACCCUUAUGGAGCCCCAUCAUCAAAUCUACCAUACCCACAAUACACCAGUCCAGAGACUAACACAAUGACAUCAAGUGCCCGGCCGGGGACCAGCACAGUAACUGAGGAACAUCUCCGCAUGUCCUUGUUAUCAGCUGUAGAGGACAAAAUGAAAAGGAGGCUACGUGAAAUGUUUGAACAAGCACAGGCGGAGAUGAAUGUUCUUCAUAAAACACAGACUGACCUGAUAAAGGGAAAAGAGAAACUAGAGACAAUGGUCAAAGAUUUGGAGAAUGAAAAGAUGGAGAUAGAAAACAACAUUUCACUGUUAGAAGAAAAGGAUAAAGAGGUUAAAGAAGUCUUGAGAAAACUGGACAAUCAGGACAAACUGGACAUUGAUGAGGCAGUGGUCACCACAACUCCACUGUAUAGACAGCUGCUGAAUUCCUUCGCUGAGGAGCAGGCGAUAGAGGAUGCUAUUUAUUAUCUGGGAGAGGCCCUGCGUAAAGACGUCAUCGAUCUCGAUGUAUUUCUCAAACAAGUACGAGAGUUAUCAAGGAGGCAGUUUUUCUUACGAGCGAUAAUACAGAAAUGUCGAGAGAAGGCGGGACUUCCUCCAAUGGCGUGAACAAUUUUAUAUUUAUGGACUGAUCGUGUGACAUUACUGUGGAAAAUUCUUCUCAUGUGAUACUUAUGACAACAUGGCAAUUGCAUACCAGCUUCACCAAAUGUGUGGGACUGUUUUAGAAAAUUUUAUUAUAUAGAUAAUGCACUAUCAACAUCCCCUGCAAAAAAUAAAGGGAACUCAAUACUGAUUUGAAAUGGGCUUUGAUGUCAGUUAGAUUUUAUUUAAAUUAAUUUCUGUAGAUUCUUUUUUCCAAUGUUAUCAUAAGGGGAUACACCAUGUAUCUCUCAUACAAAUACUGAUGUAUAAAGAAAGAGUCUUUUAUACAAGUUAGAAAAAAUUAUGUUAUGCAGACUAACGCAGAAAGAUAGGGACAUCCAACAAAAGGAAUUCUUACAAUUAAAUGUCUUCAUGGACAAUGGUUCACAGUUGAAAUCUCUGUAUGGAACAGAAACACCAUAAGCUAAAAAAACAAUGUAUAUAUGUGAAUGUCAGUAAACAGAUAUUCCCAUGGAUUUGUAAAUCAGUCUUCAAAGUUAUGUGCUCACUAUAAAUUCAUCUACAUUUCAUGUACAUGUGUACAUCUACCCAAAUCAAGGACUAUUCAUAUAAAAUGUUGGCUUUUUUGGACGUUGGGAAGUGAAUUUGAUGACGAUAGCGACUGUUUAGGCAAUAGAAUAGUUUUGUACUCUUGUAAAUGAGGAAGUAAUUUGAUUUUUGGAAAUGAGGAUCAUAACAAAUUAUUGACAAAGAAAAUUUGUUUUAUUGACUGAUAUUUAGUACUGAACACACAGUCAUGUAAUACCAGACAGAUUAUAUCUGUAUAUAAUGGAAAUUAAAUGUGUCAUAUUGAAA